UGCAGAGCAUCCGACCCUCCCACCUGUUCCACACGCUGUGCAUAACGCCGGACACUCUGGCCUUCAACGGUCAUGGGAACGUUUGCUUCAUGGAACAACUCAGCGAUGAUCCAGAAGGUUCCUUCGUGCCUCCGGAAUAUGACAACACGGGAAGCACGUUUGAGGGCCAUGUUUACUCUCUGGGCUCCACGCUCACUGCUGCACUGAACUUUGUCAUCGAGCCAGAGCUGGAGGCAGAGCUGGGGGAAGAAAUUCAGAGGCUGCUGGAGCAGAUGCAGGAGGAGAAGCCGGAGGACAGGCCUCUCCUGCAGGACAUCCUCUGUCUGGCUGAAGCAAGGCUGUCUCAUACCUCCUCUACAGCUGUGUGCCGGAAACUGUCUUCUGUUGGGCGGCGCGUGCUCUCCAUAGAAUCAGUGUCAACCUUUCAAGACGGACAGGAAAGCUCCUGGGAGGCGAGGUGGCAGCAUCCAAAACCCAGAUGUCUGCUUAAGAGAAUGAGCUCUGACGAUAACACCAAAGACCAGUGUGUUGAGAGUUCUGUUAGAGCUAACGGACUGUCCAGGCAGCAGGUGUGCCAGGGCUGGGACUCCUCUUUGUGGGCGGAGGAUAUGGAAGGUGAUGGAGACUGCAUGACCCUGGCAGAUGAGCUGGACUGCCGGUCCCACAACAUCUCCCCGGUGCGGAGGAGAGUCCAGCAGAGGCAGAACAGAGGGAGGGGGGCUCUGAACCGCUCCUGCUCGGUCCCAGACUCCAACAACCCCCCCUGUCUCUCCCCUCCAACUCACGGAGAUAUCAGCGUACCCGUGUCCGACCUCACGGAGAUCGGAACGGAUGAACACUUGAGCUGUGAGUCCAUGUGGAGCAGCAGAGGUCCGAGACUGGAUCGGGGCAGGUCCUGUGAGUCUUACCCCCGUAGUUACACCGAGGAUUACACAGAAGAGUCCCGAGGAUCUGAGGACGCUGCAGAGACUUUAUGCAGUGGGGAAACAAAGACCCAAGGGUGCAAUGAUUGUGAUUCUAAGGACUGCACCCAGGAUUCAGCCUCUUCCUGUACUUCCUGUCAGGAGCUGGACAUGGAACAGGACUCUUCUGAGGAACAGAGCUCGUUGAACCACAGCCUCUACAUUCCCAAUAACUACAUGACCAAAAGCAUGCUGUGCCUAAAUGAAGAAUCCCAGGAUGAGUGGAUCUCUCUGAGAGAGGUACUGACGAGGUGUGGACGGCGGCUGGCGGUUAACGAGCUCUGGGCUUUGUGUUACUCCUGCCUUUCCUCUCUGCAGACCUACAUCGAUUUUCCAGCCUAUCUAUGCCUGGACACGAUGCAUGUGGGCUGUGAGGGAGAAGUACUUUUCUUGAAACCUAAAAACAUAGGAUCCAAAGAUGAGUUCUAUCUUGCUCCUGAGUAUCAACAACAUGGGAUUGUGACUGAAAAGGUUUGUGUGUAUGGGGUUGCUGCUAUUCUCUGGGCUGCAGCCAAAUACAGUUUAUCACCUUAUCAAAAGCUGGCGAUGCCUCGCAAGCUGAAGAGACUGCUGCUGGAGAUGGCGAAGAGGACGCCGAUUGAGAGACCUUCCAUCGCCAUGGCUAAAAAAUGCUGUCGUGACUACUUAUCCUCUCAAGGGAUAAAUGCUGAGACUGUGUGGAACAACCUCAUCCGCAGAGUUCACCCGACAGCCUUAACAUCCAUUGAUGCAGAUGAGUUGAGUGUAUCUGAAACCCAACAAAGCACAUGUCAAGUGUUUUCACAGAACAGCGGAUUUGUUCCCAUGGCCACUGAGAGCCGUCUGGCUCCUGUGCCUGGCCCUGUUCCCCACAGCUAUCCAGUGGACAAGGAAUUUCCACUCCCAGAAGCCUUCACUUCCACUGCCACACACUUCACCCCAAUCAUCCUGACCGAUGAAGGGUAUUCAGAGGCUGAGAGACAACACCUUGGGGCUUCCAUUAAAGGGUUUGAGGAUGGAUUCAAAGAUGGCAGUGAGGAAACGGGCCCGGAUUUUACUUCAAACCCUGAGCACCCAACUCGUACACAGACUGAACCAAAUGUACAUACACAGGAGUCGCCUGUUAAUCACGCGAGUGUAACUAAAACCUCCAGCCACGAGACGCUGGACAAGUCUUCUUCUACUCUCCCUGAUAUUUCCUGUCUUGAAGUCUCUCUUCCUCUGCCGCUACCUGCUCACCUCAGUGGUUAUGGUGUUUUCAACAACUAUCUCUUCUGUCAGGAUCCCAUAACAGGACAGCUUUCCUUAGUACCUGUGCAGGUUAGAGCUCCAGAGUCUCUCCUUGGGUUGGAUAUAAAUCUCUCCAUGGUUCCACAGCCUUUACAGGGACUAGUCACACUUCCAAAGGGCAAAGAUUGUCCAUUUAUUAAUGGUGUUAAUAUGCCUUUGAGGCCUGAACCCCAGGAUUGUUGCCCACCGUCAUCCUAUUUCAAUGGAAGCUCCAUUAUUUCUGACAGCCCACUGGAGCACAGUAUUCCUAGAGCUUACAAUGGACAAACAAAUCCAGAAAGUGAGUCCAGUAAAGUGCACCCCGCCUUACAGGAGGUGAUUAACCUCCUCAAGGGAGAGUUUUCUGUUGAUGGGGAUCUGGACAAUGGACAUGAGGAGGAUGUCACUAUGGGGGAGUAUAUCUUCUCUUUGAAGGACCUCCAGUACCAGAUGUUUGCCAGCGUUGUGAAGGAGAGGUUCAGUAAUCUGUACUGGGAAGACGACUUGUUGGGUGUACUGCACUGCCUGGUGCACUACAGCCCGUCCACACUCGGCUCGAAUGAGCAGCCUCCAUCAAAGGCUUGGAAAAGUGCAAAUCUUACCCCUCCCCUGAUAACUGCUGUCUGGGGAGGGAAGAGAGAACUUUGCCUGUGUGGUUGUCUCGACCUGAAUGGAAAUGUUCACACAGCCAGCCCCUCUGACGUGGAUUCAUGGGAAGGAGCAGAGGCCAGGCCCGUUCAUGGAGAAUAUGAGACUGCAUGUAAAGAUUUAAAAUUAGGAUCAGAGGAGCAUCAACACUGCAUCUGUCCAGGUUUGAGCUCUGACAGUCUGGACGCAGGGGUCAUGGAGGGAGGGGAUCAUUCGGCGGGGGGCAGUGAUGAAAGCCCCUCUGAAGCUGAGUUUCCCUCAGGGAGAGAGGAAGGGCUGACCAACGACGAGCAGAUGAGCCCGGACUGGCUGGAGGACAUGGAGGACAGCGACUCUCUGGCGGUUGAGCGACUCCUCUCGCCCAUGUCCAGAGCAGAGGUGCCUGGCCCCGGCUGCAGCCCGGCCUGGGCCCUGGCUCUCUACGGACGAGAGUGUUUCAGUGGAGAAGUAAUCAAGUACGCAGUGAAUCUGGGGCAGCACACGGGAUCGCCAUGUUUGGAUGUGAAAACACAGGAACUGCAGCAGCAGCUUUGGAUCGAAACAAGGAAUCUUAAGAAAACCAGAAUUUUCUACCAGAAGCUGAUGCAGCAAGAGAGAAAAAACAAAGGUUCUGACAACAAACUGAUGCUUUCCAAACUCAAGUCCCAGCUUGAGGAACUCCGAUCCAAAGUGGUCUUCUUGGAUUCGGUGAAGAAACAUCUUGAGAUUCUGAGCGUGGAUCAGUGGGGUCUGGAGGUUUCAUUACUUCCUUCUUUGGCCUCCUGUGGACCCAGCUCUUUGGACUUCCAGUCCUCUGAGGACCCAUCUGUUCUCAGCUUCAGCACUAGCAAAGGGAAGAGCACUCUGCAGGUUGGGUCUCCUCUAGGCCUCAUGGCUUACCUUUACGCCAGAGAUGCAGCUGUGGAAGGCUAUAUCCAGCAGUUUCUGUAUACCUAUCGCUUCCUCUGCACUCCUGAGCAGCUACUGCAGUUCAUUACAGAUAAAUUCAUCACUGCUGCAAGGCAAGGUCCAGACAUGUCAGGAGACGCUGAGAAGAUCUUCCAUCGCAGUCUGGAUUUGUUCCAGUUCUGGAUCACAGACUGUAGACAGGUGGACUUCGCCCCUAAGUCCAGCCUCGUGGAUAAAUUCGAAAGCUUUCUUAACACUGAGGUGCUUCCUGUGGACAGUCGGGGGGAGGCCCUUCUUGCUGCUCUCCACACCCCUGCUUAUACCACGUGGAGCCAAAGAAGCGAAAGCGUCCUCAGCCUCCUCAGCCUCCAGGAAGAGGAUGAUUCUGUGUGUUUGCAUUCGUCUACUGAGGAUCUUGGGAGAAAGUGGAGAUUCUCCCGGGUGGUGGAGCCCUCUGCAGCCCUGUCAAAAGACAAGGCCUUUUCCAUUGCUACGGCCCUGCCCAUGCCCUGCUACGGCUCAAUGGUGGAUGACCUCUCCACCGCGUGCCUGCAUAGCGAGGAGCGGAUCCCCUUCAGCCAGAAUGAGAGCAGUGCACAGCACGUCACCCAGCAGCUCACCCUCCUGCAGCAGGAAAUCUUCCAGGGAUGUCAUCCAGUUCAUUUCCUCAACUCCAGAAUACAAGGAGUCCGGGACAAAGUGUCGUCCCCAAACAAAAAUGUGUCUCAGCACGUCCCCCCAGCAGAGGGCGGUGGCCUCCCUGUGUGUGAGGACCCUUCCUCAGACAGCUUCCUGCCGCAGCUGCUCUCAUACGCUGACAGUGUGGCUAACUGGAUCUCUGCUGAGAUAGUCCUCUGUGACUCGGCCAAGACACAACUGGCCCUGCUCACCAAGUUUCUGUUGAUAGGAAAACACUGCUACGAGUCGAGGAACUUCGCCACAGCCAUGCAAGUCCUCAGAGGUCUGGAGAACGUGAUUGUCAGGCAAUUACCAGCUUGGAAACAUCUGUCUACCAAGGUGUUUGAGAUCCUGGAGGAGCUACGAGCUGUGCAGGUGUUUCUGAAGAGCGACGACAUGUGUCUGAUGGGGGGGGAGCACACGAAGAGGAAGCCCACCCUGCCGUCAGCGCACAUCCUGGCCAUGCACGUCCAGCAGCAGGAGAUCGGAGCCUUCACCCUCACUACUGGAGCCUACAAGUGGACCAAGCUCAGGAGCAUAGCAAAGGUUGUGAGCCAGGUCCACGCCUUCCAAGACGCUGUGUACCCCUACAGCCCGGACCGGGAUUUGCAGGCCUACCUUCGGCGCCGCAUCGCCCGGCUCGCCACUUCUGACAUCCACCUCUUGGCCGCCGACAACGAUGCCAACUUCCGGCAGUCCAGCGAACGACAAACGCGGAGGAUCCAGAACACGCUGAGGAGGGUUAAGGCCACUUUCCAAUGAGCCCUGCCACAGGCCCAUAGCCAGUCACCAGCACCAGGUCAACAACUCAUGACUGAGGCUCCAGACCCGGGUCCUGACCCUCAGAUGCCUCUGUUGUCCUGACAGCAGAACCUUUUGGACUGAGAAACUGCCAUAUAUCAUAUGUACACUAUCUGUCAAAACACCCUUAAGUAAAGGAUUAUGUGCAGCAAAGCAGUCAUAAAUGAAAAACCUAUUAAACGGCAACAUACGAAAUAAACCAACGACCUGACUCACAAAGAAACUAAAGCGUAACAUUGGCUAGAACUGCAGUGACAGCAACCCAAUUUAGAAUGACGGCAGCACUGAUUGAGGUUUGCUGUCACUGUAAAAGUCUGUUCACCUUUUCUUUUCCUCAACCAGUCUCUUUAGUGUUUACUUCGGCCCAAUUCCAAACCAAACCCUACCCACUCCCACUCCGUGAUGGAGUGAACUCCAUCUGUAGUCUCACUCGCAGCUGAAUGAGGCUCCCUCCUUUCAGGUGGAGGGUAUGAAUACAGCAGCAUACUUUGGAACAACUCCCCUCUCUCCAGCAGAAACUGAAAAUCCCAUAACUUUUUUAACGGUCUCAAAUCAGCAUCUCUUGGACAAAGAUUUGAAAAUAAUAACUCAAAUAAAACUCCAAAGGUCUUUAUAAUUAACGUCUUUUUGAACAUUUAAAUCUGAUAUUUAUAAGCUGCUUAGUUUUUGCAACAGUCUGUAAAUGUACAAAACAUUAUAAUAAAAUGCACACAUUUACAGUUUUCUAGACUAAACACAGGGAAUAUGAUCCUUAGUUAAAAACAAUACAAGGUAACCAUGAAGUUGUAAACAUCUGUAUGUUGAUAUUAAAUGUCUCUUGUUUGUAGACAGAGUGUUUAAUGACGGACACGCACAGUGUUCGGUUCAGGUAGGGCAGCAGGUGAAGUCAGUUGUGAUGCAGACCCGCUGUUGGAGGGCUUGAUAACCCACUCCCACUCCAGUUGGUUUGGAACGGCACUUGUGGCGGACCCUAUACUCGAACAAGUAAGUGGAGGGGGAGUGUGUAGGGGUAGGGUGUAGGGGUUAGUUUAGAAUUGGGCCUUCCUGUCUGUCUUCUUCUGCUGAUUUCUCUGAGGUCCAUUGCUCUGUCUUUUAUCCUCCUUCCUUCUCUUGGGCUCCUUUACAAAGUUUCCUGAUCUCCACAAAUAUAAAAAAUAAUUUCCUCAAAGUAUUCCGUGGUGUUUUCUGAUGGAGAAAAGUACUGUUUGUUAUCCACAGCUGAUUUCUGCGGAUAGUUUUGACUGCACAGAUCCUCCCCUUGAUUCUCCUAAGCAAUGGUCUGUUAGGGAGAAUUAACAACCAGAAUUUGUCAAAUUGACCAAUCAGAAUCAAGUAUUCAACUUAGCCGUGUAAUAAGUCGAUAUAUCAGUUGAGACUACUUUAUUUGUCAGUAUUACACAAGUAGAAAUAUGUUUGGUUGUGAUGUUAGCAUUUUUCUUCCACAUUGAGAAGAAACGGUUUAAACCUUGCAGUGAUUCUUUCUCAGCUAAUAUUUUACACUUUUGUUAUUAUUUGUGAAAUUAACCUGUUAUUAUAGCCUCAUACACAGAGCAUGUCAGCAUUGCAAACUGCGUAUCCAACAUGAAGGCUAGAUUACCAACAUGUGCAAAGUAAGCACCAUGGCUGAGACCCCAGGGCCCCCAAAAACCACAGAGUAACUGUGUAUCAAUGUGGUAUCAUGGUUAUAAUAUCAAUUUGUUUAGGAAUAUGCACCACUUAAUCACAUAAUCAACUCAACCAAGAAGACUAUUUGGUCCGGACUAAGAUUAUCUCAACUACUUCAUCGAAGUCUAUGAAAUGUUGUGCAAAUAUUCACAGUCCCUUGAGAGUCAUUCCAGAUCCCGGGACUCUUCCUCUGGUAUGCGUUUCACAUUUGUGCUUUUAACCUGCAUUUUUUCCAAUGGAAUGCAGGCAAGAUUUUGUUGCAAAAAGAGUCCGAUUGUAUAGAAGUCUGAAAUAUGAAAUAAUGACCUCUCUAUCUCUAGAUUUGUUUACCUCAGUUAACAUUUUUCUUAAGAUUUGAUGUGCUGAACCGCUAAUUCCAAACCUUCUAACAGCAUGAUGUUAAUUUUGUAAACUUUGAUCCAAUUUAGGGUAAAAUAGAAAAGAGUAAAAUAUAUAGCUUUAGAGUGGGGCUACUUUUUGAUUUACAGGUGUCUGGUUUGGUUGUUUUUGCAACCAUGUCAGACAUUCAAAUAAAAUCCCUUUGAUGUUGCUGACAUGGGUCUGAUUUGUAAGUCUACAUCUAAUAUUGUAUUAAAUGUAAUGAACGGUUUAAUAAUAAUUUAUGUUUGCUUAACCUGUAAUGCGUAGUUUGUUUACAAAUAAAUUAAUGUAAGCACAAUGUGAAUAAUUGCAUUUUAAAAUCACCAUAAAGGGCAGAAGCUAAACGUGCUUGACAGUAUGGUACUAUUACAGAGAAAUGAAAUAAUGAGAAAUCCAUGUGCAGAAUGUGAUGGGAGGAAUGAUGUUCAGUAUAUUUUUCUAUUUUUCUGCCUGCUCUCUUUCUCUUUUUGAAUGUGUUAAUUUAGCCAAUAAAUGACAUUUUAUAAGCC